AUGGACGUACCGAUGAAUCCGGCUGCUGAAACGGGUGGCUUCACCCUGGUAUACAAGCAGAACAUACCCGACUUCCGACCCUAUCUCGGCCCUUGCCUCUUCGUGUUCGGCAAGUCGAUAACGCUGCAGGAACAUCCGCGAAAACAGGAAAAGAGGAAGAAAUGUGGAAGCGGUUGGACAAAACAACAGCAACAGCAAAUGCGUGCAUGGACCGCACCACCGAUGAUUCCACGCUUAAGAGAGCCAAAAAUCGUCGAUUUUAUCGACUACUUGAACACGGCUCGUUGUACCGCCGCCAACUGA